GCGUCUCCUCCCACAACGUCCCUCUGUCGGCAGUAUGGCGGCUGUCCUGUAGCUGUUGGUGUGCGCCGCUUCUAGAUUAAAACCAUUAUUACUCUUUAAAAGAAAAAAAAAAACAUGUCGGCCGUGCUUUUCCUGAGCAAGUCGCUGAGCAGACUGCCGCCCCGGGUCGCUCGGCAGGUUGUCGGCUGCUGCUACCACACCGAGAGAGGUGUCUACGGAUACCGACCCAAAAACACCGAGAGCCAGCACAAGUUGCAGAGCGACCGCAUCGCGGCACUAAAUCAAGAUCAUGGUCUUGCCCGUCUGGUGGAGGCUUACAGAGCACAUGGACACAAGGCUGCUAAAAUUAACCCCUUGCUGCCCCAAAAGCCCGUUGCUGACAGCGUCCCGGAGAUAGACGUGCUGAGGGGCACCCUCACGGGACAGCUCAACACCUCAGGUCUACGACAUUUCGGCAAAGCAGAGGCUUCAGUGGAAGAGGUUCAGGCCUACCUGGAAGAAGCCUACUGUGGCCGCCUGUCGGUGGAGACCGACCAGCUGAGCAGUCUAGAGGAGAGGGAGUGGUUCGCUGACCGCUUUGAGGAGCUCAAGAAGAAGAGUUUCUCCGCUGAGGAGAGGAGGCAGCUGGCCAAGAUUAUGCUUGAAUCUGAGGAAUUUGACCACUUUCUGGCCACCAAGUUUGCUACUGUGAAACGUUACGGAGGAGAAGGAGCAGAGAGCAUGAUGGGCUUCUUCUACGAGCUCUUCUACCAGUUUGCCCACAGCGGAGUCACUGACAUUGUCAUCGGCAUGCCGCACAGAGGCCGACUCAACCUCCUGACGGGCCUACUGAAGUUCCCACCAGAGCUCAUGUUCCGUAAGAUGCGUGGCCUCAGCGAGUUCCCCGACACCUCGCCUGCUAUUGGUGACGUCCUCUCUCACCUCACCUCCUCAGUGGAACUGGAUUUUGGAGCUAAACACACUCUUCAUGUGACCAUGCUGCCCAACCCGUCUCACCUGGAAGCGAUCAACCCCGUGGCUCAGGGCAAAACGAGAGCCAGGCAGCAGCUCAAGAAGGAAGGAGACUACUCACCUGAAGACAACGCCCAGCCGGGGGACCGAGUCGUCUGUCUGCAGGUCCAUGGUGAUGGCUCUUUCACUGGCCAAGGGAUUGUGCCAGAAACUUUGACCCUUUCAAACCUCCCUCACUACAGAGUCGGUGGGAGCAUCCACCUCAUUGUGAACAACCAAGUGGGUUACACCACCCCGUCCGAGAGGGCGAGAUCAUCCCUCUACUGUAGUGAUGUCGGUAAGAUGGUGAACUGUGCUGUGAUCCAUGUAAAUGGAGAUGAUGCAGAGGAGGUGCUGCGGGCCACUCGGCUGGCUGUGGAGUACCAGCGGCUUUUCAGGAAAGACAUCAUCCUCGACUUGAUUUGCUACCGUCAGUGGGGCCACAAUGAGCUGGACGAGCCUUUCUUCACCAACCCCGCCAUGUACAAGAUCAUCCGAUCCCGUAAGAGCGUCCCCGACUCUUACUCAGACCAGCUGAUCUCUGAGGGUCUGAUGACCGAUGUCGAGCGUGACGAGAUCAAGUCCAAAUACUAUGGCAUGCUCAACGACAAGCUGUCCAACAUGACCCUGUACAGCCCUCCACCCACCAACCUGCAGGGUCGCUGGGGGGAUCUGGUGGAACCCCAGGCCAAAGUCACCACCUGGGAUACGGGUGUCCCUGUUCCCCUGCUGCAGUUUGUAGGCGCAAAAUCUGUGGACAUCCCUGAGCAAAUCCAGCUGCACAGCCACCUUGGGAGGACCCAUGUACAGGCUCGGUUGCACAAGUUGGAAGAUGGGACCAAACUGGACUGGUCCACAGCAGAGGCCUUGGCUUUCGGCUCUUUGCUCUCCCAAGGCUUUAAUAUUCGAAUCAGCGGACAGGAUGUUGGAAGAGGCACAUUCAGUCAGCGACACGCCAUGGUGGUGUGUCAAGACACUAAUGACAUGUACAUCCCUCUAAACCACAUCAGCCCUCAGCAGACCGCUUUCUUGGAGGUGUGUAACAGCCCGCUGUCGGAGGAAGCGGUGCUUGGAUUUGAAUAUGGUAUGAGUAUCGCACAGCCGAAGCUCCUUCCCAUCUGGGAGGCUCAGUUUGGAGAUUUCUUCAACGGUGCGCAGAUCAUCUUCGAUACGUUCAUCUCUGGAGGUGAAGCCAAAUGGCUGCUUCAGAAUGGGAUGGUGAUCCUGCUGCCUCACGGCUAUGAUGGCGCUGGACCUGAACACUCAUCCUGCCAUAUGGAGCGCUUCCUCCAGAUGUGUGACAGUAAAGAGGAGGGUGUGGACGGAGACACUGUGAACAUGGCCGUGGUCAAUCCCACCACUCCUGCUCAGUACUUCCAUCUGCUGAGGAGACAGAUGAUCCGUAAUUUCCGCAAACCCCUCAUUGUGGUUGGACCCAAGACACUGCUCAGGUUUUCUGGGGCAGUUUCCAGUUUGGCUGAGCUGGCACCAGGAACGUCUUUCAAACCAGUGUUGGGUGAUACUUCAGUCUCAGCAGACAGUGUCCAGAAGGUGGUGCUGUGCUCAGGGAAGCAUUACUAUGCCCUGCUGAAACAGCGAGAGACAUCAGCAGCCAAUCAGAACACAGCACUCAUCCGUGUGGAGGAACUAUGUCCGUUCCCACUAGAGGCCCUGCAGCAGGAGCUCAAAAGAUACCCCAAUGCUAAAGAAUUCACAUGGAGUCAAGAGGAGCCUCAAAACAUGGGUCCCUGGUCUUUUGUAGCUCCCAGGUUCGAGAAACAGCUGGCCUGCAAGCUCCGGUUAGUAAGCCGACCUGCUCUGCCCGCCCCUGCUGUUGGUAUCGGGACCCUCCAUCACCAACAACAAGAGGCCAUCCUCACCGCUACCUUCUCUUAAGUUUCUCCAAGACUGGGAACCAUUUGACCAGGGGUUAAAUUGGGAUUUGUUAUGUGGGGGGUGCUCUGUGGUUUUAGGGUUGCCACAGACUACAUAAUCAUUUGACAAAUGGUAAAUAAAAUAUAACUAGGUGAGACAACCCUCUGCUCUGCACACUAAAAUGUUAAUUAAAGUAAUUCUAGAUCAAAUAUGCAACAUGCACACAUUAUCUAAAUGAAAAUAGAGUGUAAAAAAGCUUAAUAAACUAAAAUUAAAUAAGCUAGUUCGUUUUCAUUAAUUAAUGUUAUCGCUAGGAAACUGUCAAACUAGCCUGCAUUACCCAGCCGCAGUGUUAUUAAUAUUCCUGACAGUGCUGAGAGAUUUCAAUACGUGCUAGCUCGCAUGACAGUUUAACUCGCCAGUUAGCUUAAUGUGAAAGUUAGCUACCAAUGAUCGGAGGGAACUUACUGUUAUUCAGUUUCUGACCUAUUUUUCUCCCCUGGUGAAAAAUGUUGGUGCCAUCCAUUUAUUACUCUGCCAUCUGUGCUGUCUGACAGACUGAGGUCGAGUGACUGAGUCAUUGUUUGAAUUAUUAAGCCUGAGGAAAGUGUAAAACUAUAUAUAUUGUUGAAGAUGUGCAAAGUGUCCCCUGACAUAGAGGAGUGUAGACCUAUGUGCCGGGGCUGAGCCCCUGCCCAAUUUAACCCCUGUCUAUAACCAGUAGACAAGCAUCAGUACUACACUACAUACUGUAUCUGCUGUUCUUCCCUCCAUCAUCGCUAAAUGUGCAGGACUGCUGCACGGUGGAUGAAUGGGACCUUUUAAGAUGAUGUGGAUGUGGAGUUAAGUCAAUAAUAUAAAGAACAUAGAAGUAUUAAAGAGAAUAGUGUUAAUAAUGUUAAUUGUACUCUUGUAGUCAAAAACAGGUUUUAAUUAUUAUGUUUAUGGUUGAAGGCAAAAACUGCUUGUUUCCCCCCUUCCUCUCAUUCAUUAUGUCUGUAUUCUUCAUGUGUGAAGGUAGACGGCACUAUGGUGCUAAUGUGGUUUGGAUCUGAAUCGAGGCCUUAGAGACGAUGUUUACAAUGUGACUAUAGUAAAGAAGCACUUUUUGCUGACCAUCAUAUUUGUAGCACGGGUGUCUUACCUGUGUCAAACCUGUACAGGCUUCAUGUUUCAGGAAUCUAAAUUGUCCUGUCCUUUAAAUAUUUAUGAAUGAAUGAGAGUCCUUUAACUGGAUUUCUGAACUAACAAAGAGAGCUGUUACCAUUUUGACUGUUAAAUGUUUAUCCAGCCUGGAGUUUGAUGUGUUUGGACAUUUUAUGGUACAAGUUUGGGCUAAGAAGUACAAUCAUUAUUAUUAUUAUUUAAUCAAGGUUUAAUCAACACUUGAAAAAUAAAUUAAAGGCAUUAAAGGGCUACUGUAAAUAAACCAAACCAAAAUAUUCAAAUGGAAAUAUUUUCAAAUAAAUGUAUUUUCAUGUU